CCUACAUUUUAUUUGAUGGUAAUUGAUGCAUUGAAAACACUUGAUAAUAAGACGGGUGUCUCUGUCAUUGCUAUUCGUUCUUUUAUUCUUGACAAAUACCCCACCGUAGAUCCUAAUAACACCAAAAACCGACUGAAAAAAGCUCUAGCGAAGGGGUUAGAAAAUGGAACCAUCAUGAGACCAAAAAAAUCAUCUGCAGAU